CUUCGCAAGUCAGCAGAAUGAAGUUGAUCGCUGUAACCCUAAUUGUUGCCCUGGUGGCCGUCGCUCAGGGAGCCAAGCUCUCUGACAAGCUGGCCAAAAUCGUACCCAGUUUUGCCACUGGCUUCGUGAUCAACGGCACGGAGGCGGCACCCCACUCCGCCCCGUACAUCGUUUCCCUGGCCACCAACUACGCCAAGCAUUCGCACAUCUGCGGAGGCACCAUCGUGAGCAAGGAUUGGGUGGUGACCGCUGCCCAUUGCAUUUCCAAUCCCGUUGGCAUGAGCAUCAUUGCCGGACUCCACACUCGUGCCGAGGUGGAUGAGCUGACGCAGCAGCGCCAGGUUGACUUCGGCCGCGUCCACGAGAAGUACAGCGGCGGCGUUGGCCCCUACGACAUUGCCCUUCUCCACGUGAGCGAGUCCUUCAUCUUCAACGAGUGGGUGCAGGCCGCCACCUUGCCCAGCCGCGAGCAAGUCCAUGAGGGAGAGACCCACCUGUACGGAUGGGGACAGCCCAAAUCCUACAUCCUGACUGCCGCCAAGACCCUCCAGACUGUGACCACCGACAUUGUGAACUUCCAGGAGUGCAAGGAGGCCCUUCCGGAAACCGCUCCUCUGGCCGAAUCCAACAUCUGCUCCUCUUCCCAGGAACAGAGCAAGUCCGCCUGCAACGGUGACUCCGGCGGCCCACUGGUCGUUGAGUUCGAGAACGCCGCCUCUGAGCUGAUCGGCAUCGUCUCCUGGGGCUACAUCCCCUGCGGAUUGGCCAACCUGCCCUCCGUCUUCACCAAGGUGUCCAGCUACGUCGACUGGAUUACUGACAUCCAGAGCGCCUACUACAAGCUCUUCUAGAUCGAAGGGAGAAACCGGUAGUCAAAUCUAGCCAAGGGUCAGAAUCACUUUGGAUCAGAGCCAUGAUCGAUUGUUGAAUAAAUGCAUCCAACUAAAAAUUA